UCUUUCAACCCUUUGAAAGACAAUCACUAUUCCUCACAACUCUCCCAGACACACUCCAAAACUUUUAAAAUUUAUAAAAUAAUAUUUAAAUAUUCUUAAAAAUGUUGCCAUAUCGCAAGAGAAGAGUCUUGCUAGCUUUGGUUUUACUUUUAAUGACAUUUCUGAUCUACAAGGCAUUUGAAUUCAAUGAUAAUGAUUUCAUAAACCGACGAGCACAACUCCAAGAUUGGGGAGAUAAUAAAUCCAGAAAAACAAGAGAUUACCUGGAUCCGGAUAAGAAAACAGCCUUGAUAAUUCCAAAAGGAUUCUGCCAGGAAAAGGCCUUUCUUAUAAUAGCUGUUGCCUCCAAGUUGGAGAACUUUAAACAGCGCUCUAUUAUCCGCAACACAUGGGGCAAUACUACCGAUUUUAAUUAUCCAACUUUUGUCAAGUUCCAUGGAUAUUCAGUGGAAAACUAUCUGCCACCUUUGGCCGAACAUAUGAACCUCUUUAAGGACUAUUUAGAGGGCAGAGGUGAGCUAAUGAGGCUCAAAGUGCAAUUAAUUUUCGUUGUGGGUCGAAGUCAGGACAAAAAUAGCACAUUAUUUAUAAAGAAAGAAGCCGAAAUGCACAACGAUAUCAUUCAGGAGGACUUUAUGGAUAGCUAUCAGAAUCUCACAAUAAAGUCAGUGAUGAUCCUAAAACAUAUAGCCACAAGUUGUACCAACAACUCGGCUUUCUUUUUAAAAUGCGAUGACGAUUCUUUUGUGAAUAUUCCCAAUCUUCUGCACUAUUUACUGGGAGGCACCAUACCCCUCUAUCAGGAUACUUUGGAAUAUUAUGAUCACGUUUCCUAUACACCCAUGGAUCGGCUUAUUGAAACCCAGAAUCUGAUAAUGGGGCACAGAUUCUGCAUGGUCCUGCCAUCCAGAGAUGUCUCUGACAAAUCAUACAUGCCAUCCUCUAUAUAUCCUUUUGACGUAUAUCCCGUCUAUAUAUCCGGAUCGGGUUAUCUGCUUUCUAUGGACGUAGUGCCAAAGCUAUAUGGUAUUGCUUUGAAUAUGACUUUUGUGCCCUUGGAGGAUAUCUUUAUAACCGGAAUCUGUGCCGAAAUAGCCGGAAUCCAGAGACGCCAUCAUCCACUUUUUAGGUUUUAUUCCUCGGAGGGAGUGUGCAGCCUAAAGGGCAGCAUCGUAACCCACCGGGUGGAGAACUGGGAGCUGGCUUGGAGCAUGCUAGUUUUAGACUCGAACAUUACAUGCCAGGCUAUUCCACUUCAACAAAUAAAUUGGCCACCAAAAUGGGCCAAAGACAAGUUUACAAAAACUGCCACCAAAUGGCCAAGUGGCGCCACUCAGAUGUAA